AUGGCCAGUAUAGUCGAUGGCCGCCUCCAGCAACUCAGUGACCUUGAUCUCGCCGUACUGGUCUCACUUGCCUCUGGACAGCAUUGCAUCUGCUCGUCGCCCUCACACUUGGGCAAAGAUCUACGCAACGAGCUGGUCUUGACUUGCCGCGAGACUUUUGGCCUGCAGACUGCCAUUAUAAAUUGCUCACGAAAGACUACUGUCGACGAAUUUAGUGAAGCCAUCUUGGUCGAGUCUAUCGACACUUUCGAGGACGCCGAGGAAGGACAAGACAAGGCCAACAACCAUGCUGGAUCUCCGCCCCGGCAGAAUAUACGACCAAGUGCCAAUCCUGGGAAGUUCAGCAGUCUCACAAACGCAUUGGACGAUCGACGAAUUGCAGAUGUAGUCAUUGCAAUGCACCUCGACGUGGCAAGUGAAAGCGUCCAGGUUCAGACUCUGGAGCUGCUGCGCACCAAACGCAUCUUCACUAGAACGGCCAUGCACAGCGCACCGCGAGACUUCCUGCUGAUCGUAGUCGCAUCCAAGCGAGGAGCUCGUUUGAGCCAUCACCUCAAUGACAUGUUCGGCAUGUCUCACUUCCAUGGAGCAGAGGAUGGACUUCCGCAUCUUGAGAGCCGAGAGGAUGUUUACUCACUGCCAAGUUUCACACGUGGCGAGCUGCGCACUCUACAAGAGCAGACCGUCAACGUUCGUUUGACCGGAGAAGUGGACGCAUAUCUUCACAACAUCGUCAUCUUCUUGCGCCAAAGUCGUUAUGUCAAUGGGGGAGUCACCGCAGCCGCAACACGACACCUGCGUGCAGUAGCUAAAGCCCUUGCACCUCUACAUGGACUGGACUACGUACCACCAUCACUCGUCACGUUGGCUGCGAAAAAAGUGUAUCCUCAUAGAUUGAUCUUGGCCACGGCAGAGACAGAGCGAACCUUACGGUAUGGAAGCGAUCCGGAUGCUAUACGUGAGGUGCUGAGAGGCAUCACGGUAGAGGACGUAAUCGAAGAAGUCAUCGCCGGCGUUGACACACCACUCUGA